AUGUCGAGCUCAAACAAGACUCUUGUUCGAGGAAUCGAGCUGACUGGCCAAAAGCUUGGCACCUCGUCCGCAGCCACGGCCAGAACGAAUUCCCUUGCGGACCAACUCCCUACCAUUACUGUCGGAUUUAUUGGGGGCCCCGAGGCCUCAGAGGAGCGCCAGAGGAGUGAUGGGCUUCUUGGCAAGGUCAGACAAGCCAAGAGCCAAGACUUUGAAGUACCGCGGCCGUUGCCAAUCACCCCAGGCCAGCGAGAUAGGAUGGAGGAGCUUGAUUCUCCUUCCCUUUUGCUUAACCUUGGUCAAUUCCUGGACCGCUCUGUCUUCCCAAUCAUGAGGAGCCUGUGGCCACCUCUGCCCCUCUUGCUGGUCGCUUUGGCGCCGGGCUUACUGCCGAUCGCCGCCCAAGACUCGAGCUCUCAGUCCACCGUGUCCGUUUACGUUCCCGGAUACGAAACCCAGAAUUGGGAAGACCUAGCUGGCAGUGUUAUUACCAGUGACAGCACCGCGACAACAUAUACCGUCUUCUGUGCUGAUGCGAAAGACUGUCAAAUAUCGGGGCCUUUGCCCUUCACCUUUGCCGAGGGGCCGAGUACUUUCAGCACGGCUGUAAUAUCAUGUCAGCUCGCAUCCACGACCGCCGCGACGUGUACGGAGUAUUCGUCGUUCGGCUCGAAUUUCGAGGAAAACAACAUCACAGGUCCGACUGAAAUGACCCGUACCGUGACCUACUCGGGCACCGAGGUCCAAUGGGGGACUUUGCUCAUGACAACACCUGCACCCGCUGCUGCAUCGCCGACCGUUGAUAACCCGAAUGGCACAUUCGACCCAUCGGACACGGCGUGGUACUUUCCUUCACCGACGAGCACAUCCUGGGCUGAGGAGAGGUCGAAUCCAAGAACCGUGCUGGUGUCGAGCGUCUUGGUGCUAGCGGCUGCAUUGAUGUUGUGA